AUGAAGGCUAAAGGCAGAGGAAUCACCUGCUUGCUGGUCUCUUUCUCCGUGACAUGCCUGGUGGCCAGCCGUGGGGGCAAUGCCUGUCCUCGUCGCUGUGCUUGCUACGUGUCCACUGAGGUGCACUGCACAUUUCGGUACCUGACCUCCAUCCCAGACAGCAUCUCACCCAAUGUGGAACGUAUUAAUUUAGGGUACAACAGCUUGGUUAGAUUGACAGAAACAGAUUUUUCCGGCCUGAACAAAUUGGAGUUGCUAAUGCUACACAGCAAUGGCAUUCAUACAAUUCCAGCUAAGACCUUCUCGGAUCUGCAGGCCUUGCAGGUAUUAAAAAUGAGCUAUAACAAAAUUCGAAAACUUCAGAAAGAUACCUUUUAUGGCCUCAGGAGCUUGACACGGUUGCAUAUGGACCACAACAAUAUUGAGUUUAUAAACCCAGAGGUUUUUUAUGGACUCACAUUUCUCCGACUGGUGCACUUGGAAGGAAAUCAGCUCACUAAGCUCCAUCCAGAUACAUUUGUCUCUUUGAAAUACCUCCAGAUAUUUAAAACAUCUUUUAUUAAGUACCUGUACUUGUCUGAUAACUUCCUGAGCUCCCUCCCUCAAGAGAUGAUUUCCAAUAUGCCUGAUUUGGAAAGCCUCUAUCUUCAUGGGAACCCAUGGACUUGUGAUUGCCAUUUAAAAUGGUUGUCUGAUUGGAUACAGGAAAAACCAGAUAUAAUAAAAUGCAAAAAAGAAAGAAGUCCUUCCAGUCCUCAGCAAUGUCCACUUUGCGUGAACCCCAGGAUCUCUAAGGGCACGCCCUUAGCUAUGGUCCCAGCUGCAGCUUUCCUGUGUGCCAAGCCAACCAUUGACUCAUCCCUGAAAUUAAAGAAACUGUCUCUUCUGGAAGACAGCACUCCUGUGUCCAUCUCUCCCCAAGAUUUCAUGGCACCCUUUGGCUCCGUCACUUUGAAUAUGACAGAUCAAUUUGGAAAUGAAGCUAACAUGGUCUGCAGUAUCCAAAAGCCCUCAAAGACAUCAUCCAUUGCAUUCACUGAAGAAAAUGACUCUAUCAUGCUAAAUACAUCAUUUUCAACAUUUCUGGUGUGUAACAUAGAUAACAAUCACAUUCAGCAAGUAUGGCAAGUGCUGGCGUUGUACAGUGAUUCUCCUCUGACUCUAGAAAGGAGCCACUUGCUCACUGAAACACCACAACGCUACUACAAGUAUAAACAGGUGGCUCCUGAACCUGAAGACAUCUUUACUGGCAUAGAGGCUGAUCUCACAAUAGAUCCCCAUUGGUUAAUGCAAGACCAAAUCUCCCUGCAGCUGAACAGAACUGCCGCCACACUCAGUACACUGCAUAUCCAGUACUGCAGUGAGGUUCAAGUCACUUUACCAAGGGCAGAAACAAGUCCAGUGAAGCAUAAAUGGACCAUGAUUUCCAGAGAUAACAAUACUAAGCUGGAACGCACUGUUUUGAUUGGUGGGACCACCAGCCUAGAAUGCCCAGGCCAAGGAGACCCUACCCCACAUUUGGAGUGGCUUCUGGCUGAUGGGAGUAAAGUGAGAGCCCCAUAUGUUAGUGAAGAUGGACGAAUCCUAAUAGACAAAAGUGGAAAACUAGAACUCCAGAUGGCUGAUAGUUCUGACACAGGCGUAUACCACUGCAUAAGCACCAAUUAUGAUGAUGCAGAUAUUCUCACCUAUAGAAUCACUGUGUUAGAGCCCACUUUAGAAGCCCAUCAUGAAAAUGGGGCUCAUUAUACAGUUUUCACUGGUGAAAUACUUGACCUUCCCUGUCAUUCUUCUGGUAUCCCAGAUGCCUCUGUUAGCUGGGUUCUUCCAGGAAACAUUGUGCUUUAUCAGUCCUCCAAAGACAAGCAAAUUCUGAACAAUGGCACACUAAGAAUAUUACAGAUCACCCCAAAAAACCAGGGUUAUUAUUGUUGUGUAGCAGCCAACCCAUCAGGGGUUGACUUUUUGAUUAACCAAGUUUCAGUCAAAACAAAAGGGCAAAGGCCAGUAGAGCUUAAUGUAGAAAAAGAUGGAUCUGGAUUUGAUGAGGCCAAUCCCACUGCCCAUCUUAAGGACCCAUCAGCUGUGCAACUCCUUACAUCUGCUCCAGUGAGAGUCGAGACUGGAAAACAAGUCUUGAGCACAAGUAAAAAGCAUAACAAUCGUGAGUCAAUACACCGGCGGCGAGGAGAUUCACUAAAUCGACAUUUUAGGGAGCACAGGAGGCCCUUCUCUUCCUCUGCUCGAAGAAUUGACCCACGGCACUGGGCAGCACUUUUGGAAAAAGCUAAAAAGAAUACUAUGCCAGAGAAGCAAGAACAUACUACAACAAGACCCCCUCCAGUGGUCACCCAACUCCUGAAUAUACCUGGUGAGGAAAUAGACUCUUCAGGCAUGCUCCCUCCAGAUGAGGAACUGAUGGUCCUGGCAACUAAGGCUCCUAGUGUUCUGGCAAGGACAGUGAUUGCCAAUUCCAGAAAAAUACCUGAUACCUCUGUGACAAAUGUAAGUGCUGUCACUGAAGUCUUUCCAAUUGUGGGUCCACAAAUCCUACCACCUGAAAAACCAAUAGAUUUCAAACCAUCUCCUAUUAAAACUACAACCAUGUCAAAGAAUAUAAACCCAACCAUAUUAAGCAAAAUGCGAGGCACAACCAAUGAAAAUUUCUCCACUAUCUUUCCUCUAUUACCUGAAGCAACACAAAUUCAGGAAGCUGACAACCCUAGGAAGAAAAAAGAACAUUUACAAAGUACACUCCCAAAAGUAAUGGGGACUAUAAGCAAAGAUGUCAAUAUCAAAAUGCUGAGUAGUGCUAACAGCAAAGCUGAUAUAUUCGUAGGGUCAGUAAAUGCCACAAAUAGUCAUCAGACAUCUGUAACAAGAGUCAGUGACCCCAGGAUCAAUCACUUCUAUCCAUCCAUCAUUCAAAAGCUUAACACCUCUGAGAUACCUUCGGGCCCAUACACUGCUGCGCAUUCUCAGUCACAGAUUCCAAGAAAUAGUACAACUAACAUCCUGCUAACAUCCAGGCGCUUUGGAAGACGGAGGAAAAUUUGGGGUAGGGGUCGAAUUAUCAGCCCAUAUAGAACUCCAGUUCUUCGACAGCAUAGAUAUGGCUUUGUGAGACCAACAUUCAGAGUUUCUUCUGAAGAAAGCACUACUGCAUUUUCAGCCACAGAGGUCAGUGUGGUGUGCCCAUCCUGUUCUCCCAGGGAAAGGCUCACCCCUGCUGCAACAGCAUUUUCUUUUCCAAGUUCUUCCCCCAUCAUGCUCACCAAAGCUGAAACUGCCAAAGUCACAGAAGAAGAUUCUACAAUUCUAGUCCACAAUCCAUCAUUACUAUUUGAGAACAAACUAAAUGUAAAUAUUGAGAAAACAAUACCCACAAUAAAAUAUUUCAGUGCUGAAAGUACACAAGUGACUCCAACUGACGCAGUUAUGACUCAUGCCCCCAACUCCUUACCUGAGGAAAAAACUCCUAUUCCAAACAAUGAUUACCCGAGUGUGUCUAAUACCAGCGAACUUCAAAGGGAGUCAAUGAUUAUGUCAUCAGUUCCAGAUCCCACCACCAAGCCAUCAAUGUCGACGACUACAGCCAUUACAAGAUUUUUAAGAAGGAAAAUUCCCUGGCAUCAGAUCUUUGUAAAUAACCAUGUCCAAAAAGAGAGGUUAAAGAAUCAGCAUCAAUUUAGCUCACCAAAAAACACAGCCACAGUGCUUACUAAAAUAUCUCCUGCUUUACCCACGGCUAACGUUUUCCCUUUCCAUUUCACAACACUCUCAGCAAGUGUGAUGCAAAUUCCAUCUAUAACAUCAGCUACAACUCACCAAAAUAUCACUGAAACACACAGUUCUGUAAGUCUCCCAAAAAUGAAGAAGCUGCCCUUUCCACCAGUUUACCUUAAACCUCCUAGAGUAUCUAAGCAGACAGCCAGGCUAACUGUUCCUCCUACUGCCCCUGCAUCAGUCAUCAUCAGUAAAACCCAAAUAGCCAGACCUAGCACACGAAACAUACAAAGAAAAAAGGAGCCUCUGAGGAACAGGAAUGACCCACACUCCUUUCCCAGUCAGAGUUCCGGCUUCACUGUAUCCACUACUAUGACACCUCCUGAUCUAACUGCGGCUGACACUUCAACCACGCUCCCCUUAGAAAACAUGAAAGGAAUUUCAAGUACAAUGAAUCUUUAUCCAAGAAUGCUUAGUCUGACAGACAUAACUGAAGAAGGACCCCAAGAGAAUACUCAGACUUUGAAGAGAAUUGUUUCUGAAAUCACUUUGUCCAGCAAACUACACCAGAGCACAACUAGGAACACAAUCAUUAGACACUCAACCAUGCCACCAUUCCUGAGUAGUAGUGCUGCUCCAAUGCCAAUUCCCACCUCCCAUCCCUUGAAUAAUCAAAGUACUGUCACAGACAACAUGGCAACUCCUGCUUUUAAAAUGAUGACAAAUACAGUGGUCAAACCACGUGAAUACUCUAGGCACAAUGCUAAUCCACAGCAAUUAGCAGUAGAGGUUGCAACAUCUCCCAAAGUUCGCCCAAAUGUCAAGGUCACAAUUGGAGCCACCCACUUUAUCUACUCCAAUCUGUUUCAUUCUACUUCCAUGCCAGCCCCAGUAACAGUUAAACCACAGAAUUCUAAACUGACUUCCACUCCGUGGUCAGAAAACCACUUCUGGCAGAAGUCAUACCCAGAAAUUGCUAACAAAGGCAAAACGCCAAUAGUGAGCAUAUUGCCUAGUCCAGGCUUGCCAGAGGACAUCACUCAUGCUUCAGACUGGGAUAUUAAAAAGACUGCAAAGAAAAAUGGCUUUGAUAAGACACAAAUUCAAAAAAUAACAACCUCUGAGCUCCUUCCCUUUGAUUCUUUGUCUAGGAAUAUAUUUGAAAGGCCCAGAAUAGUUGGAGGAAAAGCAGCAAGUUUUACUGUUCCUGCUAACUCAGAUGCCUUUCUUCCUUGUGAGGCUGUCGGAAAUCCCCUGCCCACCAUCCUCUGGACUAGAGUCUCAUCAGGAUUUGAUUUAUCUAAAAGGAAACAGAAUAGCAGAUUCCAGGUGCUGUCCAAUGGCACCCUCGCCAUACAGAGGGUGGGCAUUCAGGACCGUGGACAGUACCUGUGCUCGGCAUCCAAUCUGCUUGGCACCGACCGCCUUCAUGUCACGUUAUCCGUGGUUUCCUAUCCCCCCAGGAUCCUGGACAGACAUACCAGAGAGAUCACAGUCCACUCUGGAAGCACUGUGGAACUGAAGUGCAGAGCUGAAGGUAGACCAAGUCCUACAAUUUCCUGGGUUCUCGCAAACCAAACAGUGGUUUCUGAGUCAUCUGAGGGGAAUGGGCAGACCCUGGUAACCUCUGACGGAACGUUGGUCAUCCACAAUCUCAGCAUUUAUGACCGGGGCUUUUACAGAUGCAUGGCCAGCAACUCAGCUGGCCAGGAUUCACUGCUGGUCAAAAUACAAGUCAUUGCUGCCCCACCUGUUAUUCUAGAGCAAAAGAGGCAAGUCAUUGUAGGGACUUGGGGUGAAAGUUUGAAAUUGCCCUGUACUGCCAAAGGAACUCCUCAGCCUAGUGUUCACUGGGUCCUCUCUGAUGGCACUGAAGUGAAACCACUGCAGUUUAUAAAUCCCAAGUUGUUGUUAUUUGCAAAUGGGACUCUCUAUCUAAGAAAUGUAGCCUCUUCAGACAGGGGCACUUACGAAUGCAUUGCUACCAGUUCCACUGGCUCGGAGAGAAGAGUGGUAAUUCUUACAGUGGAAGAGCAAGAAACCAUCCCCAGGAUAGAGUUUGCAUCCCAGAGGUGGACUGAGGUGAAUUUGGGGGACAAAUUACUACUGAACUGCUCAGCCAUUGGGGAACCCAAACCCAAAAUAAUCUGGAGGCUACCAUCCAAGGCUGUUGUCGACCAGUGGCACAGAAUGGGCAGCCACAUCCAUGUCUACCCAAAUGGAUCCUUGUUUAUUGGCUCAAUAACAGAGAAAGAUGGUGGUGACUACUUGUGUGUGGCCAGAAACAAAAUGGGAGACGAUCUGAUACUGAUGCAUGUGAGCCUCCGACUGAAACCAGCCAAAAUUGAUCACAAGCAACAUUUUAAAAAGCAAGUAUUUCAUGGGAAAGAUUUUCAAGUUGACUGUGAGGCUUCCGGCUCCCCAGUGCCUGAGAUAUCUUGGAGUUUGCCUGAUGGAACGAUGAUAAACAACGUGAUGCAAGCCGAUGACAGUGGCCGCAGGACCAGGAGGUAUACCCUUUUUGACAAUGGAACCUUGUACUUGAACAAAGUUGGGAUAGCAGAGGAAGGAGAUUAUACUUGCUAUGCCCAGAACACUCUGGGGAAGGAUGAAAUGAAGGUGCACCUAACAGUGAUAACAGCUGUCCCACGGAUCCUCCAGGGUUACAAGACCAACACGAGAAUCAGGGCUGGAGACACAGUGGUCCUUGACUGUGAGGUCAUUGGUGAACCCAAACCAAAAAUAUUUUGGUUGCUGCCUUCCCAUGACAUGAUUUCAUUCUCUAAGGAUAGGUACACAUUCCAUGCCAAUGGGUCUUUGUCCAUCAACAAAGUGAAACUGCUCGAUUCUGGAGAGUAUGUGUGUGUGGCCCGAAAUCCCAGUGGGGAUGACACCAAAAUGUACAAGCUGGAUGUUGUCUCCAAACCUCCACUGAUCAACGGUCUGUAUACAAACAGAACGGUCAUCAAAGCCACGGCUGUGAGGCAUUCCAAAAAACAUUUUGACUGCAGAGCCGAAGGAACACCAUCUCCUCAAGUCAUGUGGAUCAUGCCGGACAAUAUUUUCCUCACAGCCCCAUACUAUGGAAGCAGAAUCACAGUCCAUAAAAAUGGAACCUUGGAAAUUCGGAAUGUGAGGUUUUCAGAUUCGGCAGAUUUUAUCUGUGUGGCUCGGAAUGAAGGAGGAGAGAGUGUGCUGGUGGUACAGUUAGAAGUACUGGAAAUGCUACGACGACCAACAUUCAGAAAUCCAUUUAAUGAAAAGAUUGUUGCCCAGCUUGGAAAGUCCACAGCAUUGAAUUGUUCCGUUGAUGGAAACCCACCACCUGAAAUAAUCUGGAUUUUACCAAAUGGCACCCAAUUUCCCAAUGAACCGCAAACUUCUCAGUAUCUGAUAGCAAGCAAUGGUUCUUUUAUCAUUUCUAAAACGACUCGAGAUGAUGCAGGGAAAUACCGGUGUGCGGCAAGAAAUAAAGUCGGCUACAUUGAAAAAUUAAUUGUGUUAGAAAUUGGCCAGAAGCCAGUGAUUCUUACUUAUGCACUAGGAACAGUUUACUGUAUCACUGGAGAAUCUCCAUCACUGCACUGUGCGUCCGAUGGAAGCCCAAAGCCACAUACCAAAUGGACUACGCCAAGCGGUUAUAUAAUAGAUAGGCCUCAAAGCAGUGGAAAAUACGUACUGCAUGAAAAUGGCACCUUAGUCAUUAAAGAAGCAACUGCUUAUGACAGAGGAAACUAUGUCUGUACGGCUCAAAAUAGCAUUGGCCAUGCACUGGUCACUGUUCCAGUAAUGGUUGUAGCCUACCCACCCCGAAUUACAAAUCGCCUACCUAGGAGCAUUCUCACGAGGAUAGGAGCAGCCGUCCGACUCCGAUGUGUGGCCCUGGGAGUCCCCAAGCCAGAAAUCACAUGGGAGCGACUGGACCAUGCCUUGCUCUCAAUGACAAAUAAAAGGGGGACUCAGGAACUUGAGCCUUUUCACCCCCAAGGUACCCUCACCAUUCAGAAUCCCCAAACCUCGGAUUCUGGAAUCUACAAGUGCACAGCAAGGAAUCCACUUGGUAUUGAUUAUGCAACAACAUAUGUUCAGGUAAUCUGACCUGAAAUAAAAAUUGAACAGAGUCAAUAUC